AUUUUUUAAGCUCUUGUAACCAGGCCUUCGGAAAUACUCGCGUAACCAACGUAAACAAGAACAAGUCCAAAACAUGGCAAAAAUGACGUUCUUGUUCGAUUUGGUCAGCAAAGACCAGCUUUUACAAAAAAUAUUCAACGAUGCGGACAGAAAUGGCACCGAGGAACUCGACGCCGAGCAACUGCAGGCCGUUCACGCGUCCCUCCGGCCUGGAGGCAUCAGCGUUCGUCAAACCGAAGCAGCCAUAUCAGAGAUUUGCGCUUCCGAAACUUGCGAUAUUUAUGAAUUUUUCGACGUUUUAAACGAGAUGGAUCGACGGUAUUUUCUUGUGAAGGACCUGCAGUGGGAGUUCGCUAUGUUGGACGGAAAACAAUGCGGUACAAUAAGCGAAAAGGAUGCCAGGUUCUUAUUUCAAGCCGUGUACGACGAGUUUUUCUCGCACAGACGAUGGCUAGAGUUCCUCAAAACCCGUCGUGUACCUGGAAGUGGAAUCAGCUUUGCAGAGAUCGAAGUUGAGCUCUGUAAUAUACCUUCCGCUCAAUGGCUGGAGCAAGAUGCCAAGGAGGAGGAGAAAGAACGUGAAGAACUGGUAAGGGCACAACAAGCAAAAAUUCAUGAAGAGGAGGAAAAAAUGAAAAAAGCACAAGAAUUAAAACAGAAAGAGAAAGAAGCUGAAGAAAGUAGAUUGAAAAAGGAGAAAGAAAAGAAUGAACAGAGAAAAAAACAACUCAAGCAAAAGGAAGAUGAAAAAAUUAAGAAAGAGAAACGUAAAGCUCAAGAAGAAGAAAAAAGGCGGAGAGAAGAGGUUGCUCGCAAGAAAGAGGAACUAGCUCGUCAAAAGGCAGAAGAGGAAAAAAUUCGCGAAGAGGAAGAAAUACAGAGGCAAAUGGCGGAAGAAAUGAGGAAGAUAGAAGAACAGGAAGCAAGCCAAAAAUGGAAGAAAGAAGAGUUGCUGCGUCAACAAGAGGAAGAUCGAGAGAGAUUGGAAAGAGAACGUGCCGAACGAGAGUUGCUAGAGAAUGCUGAGGCUGAUCAGGCAGAAGAGAUAGCAGACGAUGCGGCCGAGGCAGAAGAAGAGGCCGUUGAAGCCGCAAGAUUAGCUGCUGAAGCUGCCAAGCAGGCCGAGGACGAGGAAAGUCGUAAGGCAGCCCAAGAGGCGGAGAAGAAAGCCUUGGCUGAAGCCCAGGCCAACAAAGAGAAGAAACAUCGAGCGUCUCUUAAAGCUGCUCAGAAGUCGAGAAAGCUGGAAAAGCUUGAUAAAUCUAUCAAAACGGCCAAAGAAGCUAAAAUGCCAAGUUUAAAAGCGCCUAUUCAAGAAGCAGAAAAGACUCGAGAGGAAGUACAACUCGGGAAGAGUCUAAAAGAGGCUUGUCAGGGGAGGAAUCUAGAACAUUUAGAAAAGGCUAUAAAAGAUGUGAAACAAGCGGGAUUGGAGCAGUACUACAGCGUGGAACUCAGCGAGGGUGAAAGAUUGGCAAAUCGGCUGAGGCGACUAGAGAGGAUACGUCAGGAGAUCCUCGAGCUAAAGCAAAGCACCAUAUCGGAAAUCCGAAGCUACCAGAAGCCGCCAGAGGCCGUACACCAGGUCAUGAUUGCGACGUAUCUGCUUUUGGGAUACACAGAAAAACCGCUGAAGAACUGGAAGAACCUGCAAGCCUUGCUUGGGAAAACUGGGAAGGAAGGGCUGAAGAGGCAGGUCACGACUUUAGAUCCUCUCAAAGUUAGUGACUCCACUGCCGAUUACGCUGAGAAGGAGUAUUUGAAGCAGCAUCAGCUGGAUACCAUCAGAGACGUGAGCGCUGGUGCCGCGACGUUUUAUGUUUGGGCAACGAACAUGAUCGAAGAAGCAAGAGCAUGCGUUGAGCAACGAGCCAAGCUGGCGGAAGAGGAGGAAAAAAGAAAGGCGGAGGAAGCCGAAGAGAAGCGCAAAGCACAAGAGAAAGAAAAGGAACGACAGGAGACUCGCAAACGGCGUCAACAAGAAAGAGACUCGCAACGAAAGACACAGCGAACCAGCGUCGCGGAAUCAGGAAGGCGUCGCUCCGGCAGCAAAGGAGCGGAACCGAGUCGGAGGUCGUCACGUGAAGUUAGCCCGGCGACGUCACCCGUCGGACGGAAGGUGUCGCAGGCUGCUGCUUCCGGUGCGCACGUUUCCAGGAAAGAUUCGAGGUCACGUUAUGCGAGCCCGAUGAUGUCACCAACAAGGACAUCACAAGGGCAGCGGCCUGGUGCGAGUCGGAAAACAUCGGACAAUACCGUUCAAGGGUUGCAUGUAUCAAGAAAAGAAUCUAGAUCGAGGGAGGUUAGUCCAGCCGCAGGAAAAUCACCUGCAAGAAAAGACAGUAGAGGACAGGCAAAAACAUAAAUUAUUGCUAAAUUUUUACGUGUUUAUUUACAUAUUUAUUGAGCAUAGGAAGUGAAAAAUGCGGCUUCUCAGCUACGCAACGUUCCUCCCGCUGAAGUAUUAACGAGGGACUUUUUUAUCUAACCAGCAGAAAGAAAUUGAGAUAGAAAAAUGUCAAAAUUUGCCAGAAUUGCCGUUUUUUAACGAGAACGUAUCGGUAAACUCUAGUAAAACUGGAGCGAUAACUGGUGAUAAGCAUGCCCAUAUUUAGCAAAACAGUUUUCCUGUAAAGCUAUCAAUGGAAGUUACAAGCAAGACAUUGUAAAUAGAUAUUUAUACAGAUUUUAAAAGACGAAAAAACUAAAUUUAAUAUACACGAAUACCUUUGCUUUUCCUAUAAUCUUACAGUCAUAUGUAUCUUUCGAUCUUUUGUGCAAAUGCGUUUGCGUAACAAAUUGUUAGUGCAAACAAUUAUCUUUGACUUUUGAAUUCAAUCUGAAACUAGCAAUUAGCUAUAAAAGGAAUCAAUUGUCUCGCUAUUUACGUAUGUAAUUUGCAUCAACGUGUUUUAAAUAAUGAA